UAAUACCAAGUCAAUGAUUUCAAUUUUAGCUGAACAGUAAGGUGCACAGUAAAACUUUCAAAAAAAAUAUGGAUAGUUUUCAGCAGAGUAGUGAAAUGUUUGAUGAAAAGGAUAACGAAGAAGAAUUAAGAAAUGAGUUAGCUGAUAUUCCACUUGGUGAACUACAAAAGCUAAAGGAAACUGUAGGUCUUAAAAAGUACAGCAAAGCUGUGUUUGGCUCGUGGAAACCUCAGACAUAUGAUAAUUGGCGAACUUUGCCAAAAAAGAACAUUGAGGGUGAAAAAGUAGAGCAGAAUAAAAGUGGGUCACAAGAGCAAAAAAGUAAAAGUGAACCUAUCUCAAUGUCCUCAAAGAUCAAAAACUUUAGAGUGAGAAAGGUUAUUACAAAUAUUAAAAGAGCUAAAAGAGAUCCUAGAUUUGAUGAUCUUUCUGGGAAAUUAAAUGAGGAAUUAUUUGAAAAAUCUUACGGUUUUGUAGAAGUUAUGAAAAAAGAAGAAAUGCAAUCUGUUAAAAAGCAACUUAAGAAAGUAAGAAACAAAGAAAAAAAAGCUGAUCUCCAUAAAUUGCUCCAAAGGAUGGAGCAAAAGGAUCAAGAAACACUGAAUUUAAAGAAGAGAAAAGAAAAAGAUAGGGAGAGAAAAAAAUCAGAACUUCGUUUAGCAAAAGAAGGGAAAAAGCCAUAUUACUUGAAAAAGUCAGAGAAAAAGAAACUUGACUUGGCAGAAAAGUAUUGCGAAUUAAGGAAAAACGGACAGCUUAAUAAAUAUUUAACUAACAAGAGGAAACGCAACGCAGCCAAAGAAAAAAAGAAACUUCCUAAUCGCUAAUGAGAAACACUUUUUGUAAAAAAGUUAUGAAUUGAUAUCUUACUCUAUUAA